UUGGGGAUGAGAUGGUGGUGGUGGUGCUGACGACAUCGCUAGCCGUGAUCCUUGGCCUCCUGGUAUUUCUCUGGAAGAGAUCGAGUGAUGAUCGGAGCAAAGAAGUGAGGCCGGUCCUUGUCCCUAAAACGGUGAAGGAUGAGGAGGAGGAAGACGUGGGUCCUGACAAGGUUAAGCUCAAUGUGUUCUUUGGAACCCAAACUGGCACCCGCUAAGGGUUUUGCCAAGGAGAGAGCAACUAUGGCGUGAAUUAGACUUAAUACUUAGGGGUCAACACGAUGCAGAUUCUGUCUCUAUCCCAUACGCAGCUGCAAUACCAGAAUAUAGAGUUAUGACUUAUGAUCCUGCUAUAACAUCUUGUGAUGAUACCCGUGCAAGCCGUUCCGAUGGGGACGCUUCCUAUGAUGUUCAUCGUCCAUGCAGAGCUUCACACCCCAGAAUCUGAUUGCUCUUGCAUACAUCUGGAGUUUGAUUUAUCUGGAACUGGUUUAGUGUAUCAAACUGGAGAUCAUGUCGGUGUCUUUGCUGGAAAUUGUGAUGAAACUGUUGAAGAAGCGGCAAAAUUAUUGGGCCAGCCUUUGAAUUUACUAUUUUCCAUCCACUCUGACAAAGAUGAUGGCACAUCCCUGGGGUGUUCAUUGCCACCUCCAUUUCCUGGUCCUUGCACGCUUCGUACUGCUCUAGCAUGCUAUGCAGAUUUGUUGAAUCCUCCUCGAAAGGCUUCUUUGAUUGCAUUUGCUGCUCAUGCGGCUGAAACUAGCGAAGUUGAAACGCUUGAAUUCUUGUCGUCCCCGCAGGGAAAGGAUGAAUAUGCUCACUGGAUUGUGGGCAGUCAGAGAAGUCUCCUGGAUAAUUUUUUUUAUAAUUUUUAAAAUUUCUCCAACAGUGUACAAUCCCAAAAGUAAAAUACCAAGUAUCAAGACAUGCAGUGCAAAUUUCUGC